CUUGAACCAGGCCUUGCCAAUCAGCCCGCCGUUUUCACGGGGCGGCGCCUGGAUCACAGUCUGGGGCUCCGGACAUUCAGACUCCCCGCCAGCCGGUCGAGCCGAUUGUCCCCAUUCUGUCCGUGGUCUGUCCGCAAAACCCAAGCACCACAUUCACGCCGAUCCAACCGUAUUCCCGCUGCUCCCCUUUCUCAUGCUCGAUUAUAUAGGCGUCAAGCCCGUUGUUGAGGGCAGCGCUGCAUUCGUGAGGCAGCACAGCGCCCAACUCCUUGCUGCGACCAUCGUUGCUGCCGGCGUUUGCAUUGCGACUGCUUCGUUCAACGACCGCAAGCGAAUCCCAGGACCCAAGAGCUGGCCUCUCAUCGGCGAGUUCUUGGCUCUGAGCAAGCACAUUGCCAGACGAGAUGUCCACCUCUAUUUUCAUGGGAUCCAGCGAAAAUAUGGGCCCAUCAGUCAGGUGCAGAUCCUGAACCACAUUGAUGUUCUGCUUUCCGAUGCGGACGAGGUCAAGCGAGUCCUCAAAGGCGACGACAACUCGGACUUUGCUCGUUCCAACGACUUCCAGAACUGCAGCAAAGGAAUUGCAUAUUACGCUCUGUUCACGCUUCCAUCGGGCGAUAUAUGGAAACGACACCGCAAAUUCCUACAGCCCAGCUUUGGUCCCGUCCAGCUGCGAGCGGCUGCAGAUGCCACCAACCAAUAUGUGGAACUGAUGAUCGCGAAGCUUGGAGCCCGCGCCAAGGUCAAUGCCCAUCUCGUUACAAACGCCGUUGUCCUCGACGUCAUCGGUGGCAUCGCCUUUUCGAAGGAUCUCGGAAUGACCGCUCGUCUCGAUCACCCCUCUGAACUCGAGGAAGCCUUUCUCCCUUACAAGCACCUGACUCAAGUCAUCAGCGACCGCUUCGAUGUGGCCGAAUGGCUCUGGGACAUUAUUGGCGCUGGACUCCAGGCUGGCAUCAAAGAUUCGCAGCCCGUUAAGGAUUUCACUCGCCAGGCACUUGAAGAGCGUCGAAGCUCCCCCACACCCAGGAUGCACGAGGACCUCAUGGACCGCCUGCUCUUUGUCGAUACGUCUGGAGAGGCAAAAUUCACCGAGGAAGAGAUCAUGGACGAGAUUGUAGGCUUCUUCUUGGCUGGACAUGAUACCACAGCCAAUCUCAUCACAUUUGUUCUCAUCGAGCUUCUGAAGCACCCGCACGUGUGUCAGAAAGCCCGACAAGAGGUUGACGACCUCCUGGGCCAUGAUGGAGUCCCAACUCACGACCAACUCUCGCAGUUCAAGUACAUUGACAUGGUGGUCAAAGAGACCCUUCGCAUGUAUCCACCGGCUCCUCUCAUGUCCCGACGUGCCAUCAGGGACACUCAGAUCCUCGGCUAUCCCGUCAAGCGUGGGACCGACGUCGACUUGGUGAUAUCCCACCUCCAUCGUAACCCCAAGUACUGGACCGAUCCAGAGGAAUAUAUCCCAGAGAGAUGGCUCAGCCCACCCUAUCCAGGAAGUUUCAUCCCCUUUGGUGACGGACCAAUGAACUGCAUUGGACAGAAGAUGGCCAACAUCGAAACAAAGAUAUUUGUGAUUCGUAUUCUGCAAAGAUAUACCUUCAAGAUUCUGGAUCCCAGUCAGCUGCGGGUUGUCUUCUCCAUCACCCAAGGCUACAAGGACGGCGUUGAUGUCCUAUUCGAGGAACGCAAAUAGGGGUUGUGCGAGCGAAAAUACUCAUUGUCCUCGCGAGAACCUUGCGUCCGUAUCAAAACCUACCUUUGCUCAUCCACAUUGGACUUUCAGCAUGUUUUCUUCAAGCCGAGCAGACCAGAGGAACAGCACUAUCGGUCGCCUUCUUUCGGUUGCGCCGGCGCUUUUCCAUCCAUUUUCUCGACAGCCAGAUAUACCCGCGGAAACGGGUAUUUACGGCUUGGUUGCUGGUAGCUGAUACAGCAUUGUCGUAUCCAGAUUCUCUCUGAAUAUAGACAUGAUGUCAGCACGUCGUUGGAACUUGAUCUGCUGCAAGUACGACUCCCACUUGAUAUUGCAAUCAACUGCCACCUGGCUGUCCACAUCCGAGUUACAGCAUCCCCAAUAUCUUGUUCGAGUCCUAUUUGCUGAACACAUCAUAUUGCUGCAUCGAUAACGUAACC